AAUGAAAGUAGAAACUCCAUUUUCAAAAACUCUAUGUGUCAAAUUGAGUUUUCAAAUACGAUUAAUAGUUGCACUUUCAGAAUUAUUAUGCUUGUUUCUACUUGAGGAGUUUGGAUAUAAAACAUAAUGCUGGGUCAACUUCUUCAUUUAUCAAAAAAAGUUUUAAGAAGGUUGUAUACUAAAACUCAAACUGAAAACAGCAACUGGAUUGAUUAUGACAAUGGAUACAUGGAGACAUGCAAAAUGGAUAUAGAAAAUUGUGCCUCUUGUGACGAAAGAAGAUCGAAAGUAAUAGAUCAUUCAGAACUUAAACAUGUUAAGGAGGAAUCAUGGACAAUUCAAAAUUGGUGGAAUCUCGAAUGCUUAAAACUAAUAAUUUCACUUGCCACAUUAUUGAUCAAUUUCAUAGUUGUUUCACUCAUGAUAUGUGAUCUUAAACUUUUGGAAGGCAAAAUGUAUAGUAAAAGUGAAAUGCAAAAAUAUCAACAUAAUACAAAAUCCGACUUCUGUAUUCACUUUCCUAAAGGCACUAACAAAGGGAGGGAACUCGAUAGCUGGACGUUUCAUUGUUUAAAGAAUUCACAAUAUUUGCGGCAUUUGUUUGAUAUGAUGACGCUAAGUUCGAAACGACGAUUAGUUCCACAUUCUGACAAUAUCAAUGUACAACAGAAAACCGUUUUCCAUGAGUAUGUACAAGGACAGAGUUCCAGUAAAAACGAAAAUGAAGAGUGUCCGAAGUUAUCAGGACUAGUAAAGCUUAGAAGUUUAUUAACAAACAGGAAUUCAAAUACCAAUGAACUAACCGUUCAAACAUCUGGACUUUAUAUGAUUUACGUACAUGUAGAAUUUCGAAGUCUAGACCGUUGUUCAAGGUCGCGGAAUGAAGUUAGUAUUCAAGAAAAGGGACACGUAAUCGUUUCUGAUUCAAUAGGACACAAAGAGGGACCUCUUGUUUGUCAACCAAAAGUAUAUUCAGUCUUUGUAAAGCUGAAGGAAUCAAGCUCUCUUACGGUUAACAUCCCAGACACCAGCUUUCUUGAGUCUCAUUGGAAAAGUAACAUGAUAGGUGGCGUUCUUGUUUCAUGAUUAAUUGGUGACUAUAAGGACACUGUACAAAGUCUUGUUGGUAAUAAAAUGAAUUAUGAUGUACAUUUCAAAGGCAGCAAUCUAAUUAGGAAUUGGACAAAUAGUGGCAUGUGACUGUGACAUUUGUUUGUGUUGCUAUCUGUUAUUAGAAUGAUUCUUGUAUAUAAAUAAGUUUGGUAUC